GUUUUAGACUGCAGGCAGCGUAUCAGAAGUUUGCUUUGCAUUGUGGGAACACCUAGUUCCUGUCUCAGCAGCCCGGCUGUGAUGAGUAUAAAAAAGCAGGCCGGCUUCACUUCCACUAACUCACACUGAGAGUGUGUGUGUGUGUGUGUGUGUGUGUGUGUGUGUGUGUGCUUGUGUGUGUGAGUUCUUAUAUCACCAUGGCCAAAAGGAAGGCUCAGGAUCUCAGGGGUACAGAAAAAAGCAAGGACCAGAAUGAAGAGAAAGUUCAGUUAAGGAAGAAGGUGACGCUGCUACGUGGGAUCUCCAUCAUCAUUGGAACCAUCAUUGGUGCUGGAAUCUUCAUCUCACCUAAGGGCAUCCUACAGAACUCGGGCAGUGUAGGAAUGUCCCUGGUGAUCUGGGUGGCUUGUGGGAUUCUGUCAUUAUUUGGUGCUCUGUCCUACGCUGAGUUGGGAACCUGCAUUACGAAGUCCGGUGGUCACUAUACCUACGUCCUUGAGGCUUUCGGCCCACACGUGGCUUUCUUACGAUUAUGGGUGGACAUCAUUGCUAUACGGCCUGCAGGAAUGGCCGUGAUUUCUCUGGCAUUCGGACGCUACAUUUUGGAGCCAAUCUUUAUGCCGUGUGGCGUGCCAGAGUUUGCAAUCAAGCUUGCUACAGCGAUUGGACUGACCACGGUUAUGUACAUUAACAGUAUGAGUGUGAGCUGGACAGCCAGGCUGCAGAUCUUCCUCACGUUCAGUAAACUUCUCGCCAUGGUCAUCAUCAUCGUCCCCGGACUUUAUCAGCUGUCCAAAGGUGAGACCAAACACUUUCAGAACGCAUUUGAGGUGCACUCGGUGAAGCUGUCGGACCUUCCCCUGGCCUUCUACUCAGGGAUGUAUGCUUACGCUGGCUGGUUCUACUUGAAUUUCGUCACAGAGGAAGUGGAUCGUCCAGAGAGAACCGUCCCAUUGGCCAUCUGUAUCUCCAUGGCGAUUGUAACCGUAUGCUACACGCUGACCAAUGUCGCAUAUUACACCGUGAUGUCAGCUGACCAGCUGCUCACUUCGAGUGCUGUUGCUGUGACAUUUGCUGAAAAAGUUUAUGGGAAUUUCUCCAUCGCGGUUCCCAUCUUCGUGGCUCUUUCCUGCUUCGGUUCUAUGAACGGAUGCACUUUUGCCAUCUCCAGAAUGUUUUACGUGGCGUCUCGAGAAGGUCAACUUCCUGAAGUUCUGUCUAUGGUGCAUGUUCGCCGUCACACUCCGGUAGCUGCUGUAAUUGUCCUGUACCCCCUCACCAUGCUCCUCCUGUUCGUCGGAGAUCUCUACAGCCUGCUGAACUUCAUGAGCUUCCUGCGCUGGCUCUUCAUCGGCCUGGCCGUGGUCGGACUCAUCUACAUGCGCUACACACGACCCGAAAUGCCACGUCCUUUCAAGGUCCCCAUCUUUAUCCCGGCGGUUUUCUCUUUCACCUGCUUCUUCAUGGUCUUCCUCUCGCUCUACUCCGAUCCGGUUAACACAGGGAUCGGCUUCGGCAUCAUGCUCACUGGAAUUCCGGCCUACUACAUCUUCAUCGUUUUCGACAGGAAACCCAUGUGGUUCAACAGACUCUCAGACUCUGUGAACAGAUCCUUACAGAUCCUCAUGGAGGUGGUCCCUGCCGAGAACUGACCUUUCCAGACACCGCUCUUGCAUCACUCGGUCUUUCAUUUUGUCUCUCUUAUAGAACAUGCUCCCUUCAUCCUGCUCUCAUUUUCAUUCCUCUUUUAUGUUUUAUAGAAAACAUUCCCCCGAGUGACCGCUUCACAAUCUAUCACUCCACAAGGGAGGAAUGAGAGAGACCUUUCAGUGCUAAAAACAAGAAACUUUCACUCGCUCUCGGUUGUCACAAUGCAGUGCUACACAAUGCACAUUUCAGUUGAGACUUGGAUUAUUUCCUCUGCAUUUUGGAAUAUCAGAUCUUUUUUUUUUGUCAUUAUCAGAUUAUCAGAGUAGACAGAACAUGGAGUGAGUAAAUGUUUGAUAAUUAUUCGUUAUAAAAAAAGAAACAGCGUUUCCGUUGUUUUCUUACAAAAUGGUCUCAGACCCAAAAAAGUAGCAUGUAAAAUUCUGUGUUAAAACUUCCAACUAAAAACAUGCCAAUAAUGUUUUUUAUGGAAACUCAAAGAACGUUUUAUUUAUUUAUUUAUUUAUUUUGAAUCACAACAUACAAGUAAACAUUUUGCUAAGUUGACUGUUAGCCAGCUCGGAGAUAGCAUAUGUGCCAUGUGCACUUUUUUGGUACAUUCCAUGGGUUCCUCUGGCAUUCUUUCGAUAUUUAGGAGUUCAAGCUUUGUCAGGACGUUCUACAUGAAGUGUUUCAUAGGUAUGUCAGAGGUAUUUCAUCUCUGUUGUAAGAAUUUUUAACUUCUCUGGGUUCUUCCAGAAGGAAAAGAGAGGUUACAAGGAGUGUUAUUCUUGUAACUACAGUAGAUUGUAUCUCAUGUAUGCUGGAGGAAAGAAGCUUCCGAAAGGAAUUGCUUUCUUAAGAUGUUGUACUUGGAACCUUUUGUGAAGGAAAAGUUGCCACACCCACAACCCAUUACCCAACCCCAAACUAAACCCUCUGAACCCAACUUCCCACUUCAUACCCAACAACCCCAACCUGUUACCCAACAACCCAAACCCAUUACCCAACUUCCCACCCCAACCAUUACCCAACAACUUCACCCCAACCAAUUACUAUACAACCCACACCAAUACAUUUCCUAACAACCUCACUUCACCAAUUACCCAACUUCCCAACCCAUUACCCAACCCCCAACUUAACCCUCUGACCCAACUUCCCACUUCAUUCAUUACCCAACAACCCCAACCCAUUACCCAACAAAUCCAACCCUUUACCCAACUUCCCACAGCAACCGGUACCCAACAACCUCACCCCAACCAAUUACCAUAAACCACACCAAUACAUUUCCUAAUUACCCAACUUCCCACUCCAACCCAUUACCCAAGAACCCCAACCGGUUAAUCAACUUCCCACCCAACCAUUACCCAAAACCCAACCCAAGCAAAUGACCCCAACUUCCCACCCCAAACAUUACCCAACAACCCACACCAUACACCAAACAACCCCACCCCACCAAUUACCCAAUGUCCCACCCCAACCUAUUACCCAACAACUCAACCCAUUACCCAACAAAUUUCAAAUUUAGUGGUUUCUCCCGAAAGGACAAACUGAAAAAUGGUAAAAAAAAUCCACAGAAGGGUCUACUUAGGAACUUGUGAUGGUCCAUUUUCCCCCCAAAAUUCAUAUUUUAAAAGGUUUUCAAUGGAACAUCUAAAGUUUCCUCCAAUGGGAAAAAACUGAAAAACAUUUAGAGUUGCAAUAUUUUUCUAGGAGUGUGCCAAACCCUCAGGUUCUCAGACUCUAUAUGCUCUGAUGACCUUUCCCACAGUUUAUCGCAGACAUGAGAAAAAACCCCGUAAUGAAGUGUUUCUAAUACGUUAUAGUGCACUGUUGAGAAAUAGCUCAAAUAAAUCUAAUUACACUUGUUAUAUAUGACAAGCUCAUACACUGGAUAAAAGCACUAGCAUGACGCUUACGGCUACCGCAUUAGCCUAGCUCAGCUGGACAUAAUUGUGGAGAAAAACAAUCAAUCCUAGAUGUCCUGUGGCGAAAAGCUGAACUCUACUACUUUCUAACACGGAUGUGAUGAAUCGCUAAUUAGUCUGAUGAAAGAAGAAGAAAAAAAUGUGCUUGCUAGCUUCAGUUGUCUGGACGCUAACUUGUAAGGAGAAACGCUAAGUCGCUUUCUCAGUCUUUUCAGCUGUGCUAGCAGUCUGAUUGUAUCAUAACCAUCCAUCUUUGACCUCCUGGGCAGUUAUCCUGACUCUCCAGUGCUAUUUAAGUGUUUUAUACCUCAUAAAGCAAUUCCACAUGGUCAUUAUGAGAACUACUGUAGAUCAGGUUGAAAUUUUGAUGUAUUGUGUUUUGUAGUGUUGUUAGAGGUUGGGAAAUGUGGGCUGUACAGCGUUUCUGGAAGUCACCGGAGAUUACGGCUAGGACAGUGUUCGGAGAUAAGGAUCCAUCUACGUUGCGUUUAUUUUUAUUUUUUUAAUUUUCUUAAAAUUAUACAUAAAGACAUAAAACAACAAUGGCACAUUUUUAGCAUGCACUAAAAUAGGAUUUUUAAUUUUUUUCAUUUAAUUUUUCUUAUUAUUUUAAUUUUUUUAAUUUAAUUUUUUUUUUUACAAUUUUACAACUUUAAUAUUUUUUUCUGUUGUUCAUAAAACACUCUAACUUGUACAAUCUAUACAACAGGGUCCAAAAGUCUGAAAGCACAAAUAAAAUUCCUGUAUAAAUUCACUGUAUAUUGAAACAAAACUUGCGUGAUUUUUAAAAACAUUUCCGGCAUAAAUUUUUUUUUUAGACAAAACAAAAACAGAUGAACAAAUUAGUAAUGUAUCAGGUAUCAGGUUCUAACCCUGAUCUUUAAUCGCUGUAAUCGUUCAGAUCAAGCAGAUGAAAAAGUAAAAAAAAAAAAAACAACACUUUUUUUGCUUUAAGGUGAAAAACUGAUUGAAACAUCGAUAUUUUUCCACAUGAAACUCCGACCAAUGCAACUACAUGGACUUCUCGGCCGCUUUAGACUUUAGAGGACGUCUACCUGUAGCUAUUAUUGUGUGAAUGAAUGUGUUUUUAAAAUAAAUCGAUUUUGAUAUUGACAAGUGAACAUUCGAAACUGUAUUAAAAGUAUUUUAAUGUCUAGAAUUUUCUAUAUACGAAGUGUAAAACAAUAAGAAAAUGUAGGUUGGAUUAGUUACUGCUGUAUGAAGUAACACUGAAUUUUUUUUUUCAAUGCACUCGAUACUUACUACAUUAACACUAUUGCUUUAAAUUAUUUACUAAGACCUUCAGUAGAUGUCUAUUCGUAGUACUUCGAUUAAUAUGUCUAUUUGUACAUUUGUAUUGUUACACACUCGCUAUAUACUAUUUUAUUUAAAACAAAUCCUUUCUUUUUUUUCCAUCACAUUUUUUGUGACAGCAAAUAACUCUGUACAGACUCGUAGAUUUGUAUCCAAGCACAUUUUUUUUGUAAUAUUCUACUGCAAGUCGGACAGGAAAUCAAUAUCUCUGAGACACAACACGGGAGAUAUCUGGAUGAGAAUACUGAACAUGUUCUCCAGAGGUUGGGGUUUGAUAAAAGCAGAUGAUGUAAGGCUAGUGAAAGUGCUGCAUCUGGUAAAUGUGGACAAAAUGUAAUUUAAAGAUAAAAAAAUAUCUGCUGAAAUGGAUUGUUAUAAAAUGGUGUUUUUUGAUUAUUCUUACAUCGUCUUGAAUAGACUUGUAUCGUUCUGUUUACACUUGCUGUAUAAUUUAUAACAUGACUAAAUAAAAAAAUAUUUAAAUUU